UUAAGAUGCAAUAAUCAAUUAGUAAUAAGAAUAGUUAUUUAUUUUCGUGAUAAUAACAUUGGAAGUGUGUUAUGAAUAUGCAGCUUUAAAUAAUAUACAUAUAUAUUGAUUACAAUAUUUUAAAUCAGAAGGUUCUAUAGAUAAUCAAUAUAAAAAUUAAUGAAAAAUUGAAGGAAAUGGAGCAACAAAAUGAUUGCUCUAUCCAGAGAGGACAACCAUUGCGUCGCUAUCCAAAUGACUACAAAGCAGAAGGACAUACGUCUACCUUAAAUAAAACAACGACGAAUCAGCCACAGUAUUCGAAUACAGGAAGACCUACAGUACGCAUAGCUGUGUAUCUAAUGACAGGAGUAUUUCUAACAAUGGAAGUUGAACAAAAUGCGACUGCACAACAGAUUUUUACGAUAGUGCAAUCAGAAGCGGAGCUGGGUCUAUCGAGAUUCUCUUUGUCAACCACUAUACCAGUUUUUGCACUAUGGAUGUGUUCUUCGCAGCUGGAAGUUCAAUUACGUUUAACACAUAAACCCGUGGAAUUGGCUGCGAAAUGGAAUUAUCUUGUAAACAAGUACAGUUCUCAUACAGAAGACGAUGAGGAACCUUUGUUAUAUUUUCGUAGAAAUAUAUUUCUCUCAAAGUCGGAGGAAGAACAAAUCAAGGAUAUCAAAGUCCUUGAAUUGCUUUAUGCAGAAGCUACGUACAACGUUCUGCAAGGACGAUACGCGUGCGAUGGUCCUGCACGUUACGCUAGUUUAGGAGCAUUACAAGCCCGAAUUGAACUCGGACCUUAUAAUGCACAAACUCACACCUUGGCAUUUUUCCAUAGACAUCGCGGCCGAUUUUUACCGCAUCAUUACGCUUCUCCUAGUCUUCUAUUAGGAUUGGGACUCGGAUUAGGACUGGUGGGUGGCAAGGGAGCACCUGAGGCGCAUCUUUUAGAGCAAUAUAAACGAAUACCUAAUCAUAAUGGUAGCGCCAACGCAAAUCCCAAGAAAUUGAUUAGAAAGUAUCUCGAAUUCUGUUGGAAUUUACCGUGCUACGGCGCAGCCUUCUUUCAAGGGCAAAUUGAGCGACCCGUCAGAGGCUUAGCAUCGUGGAUUACUAAUCGCGAUAUGCAGAUUCUCAUCGCGAUUAAUACGUCAGGAGUGUUCAUAGUCGACGACUUGCAGUGCAGCUUGCUAUUAGGGCUAAAAUAUUCAGAAUUAAGCUGGGAAAUGGCGAAACCUUCGGAUGAGAAUAAUCCGGAUUGUCUACCUUGCUUGUUUCUGCAAUUUCCGGUACGAGAGAACGGAGCGCGCGUCUACAAAAUUCUACAAGUAUUCUCAAGACAGGCGCCAAUGAUGGAUACUUUGAUAUCUGGAUUUGCGGAGGACUAUCGCCGUCAAUUUAUUAACAGCGACAGCAACAAUGAUCAGUUGGAACACUCGCUAGUUUUCCCCAGUGGAAGCUUCACAAAUAAACUUAGCAAAUUUACGCUGGCCACUUUUGAUGAUGAAGGUCGAUGUAUCGGUCAAAUGGGUUCGUGGUCCUUUCGAUAAGUACAUUGUGAUUGUACAUUUUGUGAUGCCAAUA